AUGUACUUUGGUAGUGAUGUAAAAUAGUUUACAGUCGUGUUAUGUUUGGUAUUUAAAGUUACUUUAAAUUGGGAUUACUGUAGUUUACUGUAACUUCAGACUCGGGUCAACGAUUUCUUCAGCCAUUCCUCGAAAACGGCACGGUACAUUUGUGGAUUCAGAAAGCGUCAUCAAAAAGGUAAUUUGUUAACUAAAUUUACAGUUUUUGAUUAAAUUACUGUACAUAUGUAUAUAUAUCUAUACUGUAUGAAAACAUUUUCAUCACACUACUGUAGUAUACUGUAACAAAAAAUAUGUUUCAGUCGCUGGUAAUGCUACACGAAAAGCCGGUUCUGGUAGCCUUUGCGAUCGUGCAGAAGAAUCUGAACAGUAGCGUGCUGGGAAGGACGGUGAAUGAGCGCCGUACCGUAUCUCCAGCGUCAGCGGCUUCAACCUCGUCUUCUGGAGACUCGGCUAUUGGAACAACAUCUCCAUCUACUACGGCCUCCAUCUCUCCUGGAUCCAAUGAACAUAUGCAGCUACAGAUCGCUUACAGUAUUCAGGAUGAGAGUGAUAGCACGGUGGAGAUUACUGUAACAAAUCUGGAUGAAGACUUGAAUAAAGUGAGUCCAUUUAUGACAUUAGACGUAGUAUUGUUGUUGUAGUAUGUCUUUUUGUCUUACUAUUAUUACAUACUAUAUGUACAUAUCCUUGCCACUUUUCAUCGUAUGUCUUACAUUUUACUGUAGUAGUAUUCUAUUUGUAGAUAGCAGAAGAACUUGGUCCACAAGCUUUGAUCGUAUGUUGUACUGAAGACAUACGACAAGUGUUACAUCCAGUAGCCGCAAUGCACGCUACAAAGAACUACAAUGUUGGUGAAGUCAUGGAUACGACAUUACGACAACGGUUACCGCUAGUGUUCAACCAAUAUGUCAGCUUGGAAAGCAUAGUAGAUUCAGAAGACAUGGCUACAAAGAGUGUCACUGACAGAUGUAAUUCUAUAAAAGAUGUCAUCAAGAACAGUAAGUUUACAUUAGGUUAUGUCAACGUACGAUUGAAGUUUUUACGACCAUAGAAUAAUGUAACAUAUUAUGUUAAUUAAAGUAAUAUGAAAAAUGGAAAUAAUAUAUGAAUUUGCUAUGUCAUAUGCAUAUAUUUUGCUUUUUCAGAAGGACUAGAUCUUCUGAAUCUGGUAGAGACAAUAAACGAAGGCUACACUCCAUUUGUCAGGUAAGUUCGAUUACUUUAAUGUAGGUAACAAAGUAAAACAAAAUUUUAAAAACAGUUCGUGACAGGUGGUUUAAAACACUCUUAAUAUACUACAGUAACUUAUAAAAAACAAUAGUGCUUUGGGCAUUUAUUAUUUUAAAAUGGCACUUUUAAACGUAUUUGUAUGUAAAAGUAAAAUAUAAUGUAACCUAACGUACAAUAUAAAGGUAUAACAUACAUAAUCACCCAUAUAUGUUGAUAAACGCUAAUUUUACCUUGCCUUACCUCUAGUUAUUUGUGUAAAACAUCAUAAUUACAGUUUCGACCGCCAUGUGGAUUCAUCUCUCAUCGUGCGAACUCGAGGAUUACCGUGGCAAGCUUCUGACCAAGACAUCGCUCUGUUCUUUGCAGGUCUCAACAUAGCUCCGUGAGUUACUUUAACAACUUUGCAUGAAUAAUAUAAUACUCUUGCAAAUAUAACGUUACCUAAUUCAACAUAAAAAAAUAAAAUAUUAAGAUGUGAUCUAACUUACUAACAUGUUCUAACAUAACCUUUACAGUGGAGGUAUUGCUCUGUGCUUGGGAAAUGAAGGACGACGGAACGGUGAGUCUCUGGUCUGCUUCGAGUGCAACUCUCACCGUGAAUUGGCCAUCAGAAGGCACAGAAAGUUUCUGCACAAUCGUUACAUUGAGGUAUACCGAAGUACGGCCGAAGAGUUCUUGGAAGUGGCAGUUGGUAGGUUUACUUUUAGACAAGAUAUAUUAUGUUGUGUAUUGUAGAACUUUGAAAGAGUAUAGACAGUUUUACGUGUGUAGAAUACUUUUAAAGUCGUAUGUAAAUGACUUAUAUAGAAAUGUAGUUGACAUUAACUACAAUAUUGUAGUAUACUAGAGCAAUUACACUCUUUUUCUGUUACUUUUCUGUAUUAUAUUAUGUUAAAUUGUUCAGUAAGCUCAACUUUUUCAUUUUUUACACUAUCAAUCUACAUACGACAUCUUGAACAGUAUAUAACAUAGGGUAAACAUAUAGUUUACGACAGUUCGAAUCGUAUGUUGGUGAUAGGCGACAUGAAAACAGAUUAAUAUGUUUUUGUUUUUAAUGGGUUUUGUGGGUCGAGAGUCUCGAAUAAUAUAUUUGCUUUGCAGGAUCUGAUUCCGACACAUUGAAGUUCGUGUGUAGGGACGCUGCCAUGAUCGUUCGUAUGAGGGGAUUGCCGUUUGAUUGCACCGAAAAUGACAUUGUAAGUACGGGCAUAUGUUAGGCCUUAGAAAUCAGCUUUUUUGCCAUUUUUUUGUAAAAUUUAGCAAAUAUUACCUACAAGCCAAACAAUUAGACUUAUUUAACUAAAAAAUCUAUUUUUGAACUACUACAACAUAUUCUAAGAUAAUAUGUCUUUAUAAAGUAGUAACCCUUACCUUUCUUGACUUUUCAAAGUCAUCUUAACCAUAUUGUCUUUCUCUGAUCCUAUUGCCAUUUCCAGAGAAGCUUCUUCAGCUCAGACGGUGAAGCCGGCAUCAUGGAGGACGGUGUUAUGUUUGUGAAUCGACCAGACGGCCGACCGACCGGUGACGCCUUUGUCCUCUUCGUUGACGAUGAAUCUGGCCGUAGAGCUUUGGCCAAACACAAAAACAGGAUUGGGACACGGUACAUUGAGUUGUUCAGGACGACACAAGCCGAAGUACAGCAAAUCAUCAGCAGAAUCCAGCAGAAGAGCGUCACGGUGAGCAAAACGUUUUAGAGAGAAUGUCGUUUUAGGCUGUCAGAUGGUAGUAUAGAAUAUUUUUUAAAAAUAUUGUAAACCAACACUUUACGAACUAAAUGUAUUGACUAGUAAUCCUCCAUUUUCAGCCAGCAGCAGCAGCCAUCAACCCGACCAGUCGAUUGUUCACAUCUAAAAGGAAUUGUCUUCGGAUGCGAGGUCUACCCUACGAAGCCAAACCUGACCAGAUAGCCGCCUUCCUCGGCAGCCACGCCAAGAACAUCUACGAACAAGGGAUUCACAUGAUUCUGAACAGUCAAGGCACGCCUUCUGGAGAGGCCUUCGUCCAGAUGAAGACAGAAGCCGCCGCUUCUGUCGCCGCCAACGCCAUGCACAACAAGAACAUGGAGCUGGGGAAGAAGAAGCGCUACAUCGAGGUGUUCCAGUGUAGCAUCGACGAGCUACACAGUGUUCUGAAUCCUCAAACUCAGCUGAAUCAGUUGAAUCUACCGUUUGGAGUUCCGCCUACUAGCUUUGUUACUGUACCCGGCCUUUUGUCGAAUCCAAUUCAGUUGGCGCCACAGUUUACUGUAGCCAACAACUAUCAGAGGAUCUGCGCCAUGAUGAAUCAGAACGUGUUGCCCCAGACUCAGAUGGCCUUCCACGCUCCGCCUUUGAAUUUCCCGCCAAAUCAGAUGGGGAUUCUGGGGCAGGGCUUUGGGGGGAUGCCUGGUCAUGUGCACUGUCAGUUCCCUGGAGAUCAGCUGUAUACGGCUACUACACAUUUUCAACAGGUACGAUCGAAUCUGUAGCUAAAACUUAAAAAACUGAAUUUUCUUCCGUUUUCUAUUAACUUUUUGACCAAGGCACGGUGUAAGCCUAAAACUUAUGUAAGAACAAAGUUAAAUCUAAUGGCCGACCAUGUAAUAAUCUAUGUGCUAUAUCAUAACGUACUAAUCCAAGUUAUUGUAGAUGGGUUUCUUCGACCCGAACCAGUCCCAAGCCUUCCCCGGCGGCAUUCCCAUGCCUCACCUUGAUGUAGCUACAGCAGCGGCCUUGAUUCAUCAACAGAAUCUGAUGAAUCAGAGCAAUCUAAAGGAAGGAUUCAUCGACGUCAAGUCCAUCGAAAGUUCUCGGAUUCACUGA